AUGUCUAAACAUUGUCGAGGCCAGGGUUAUGAUGGUGCUGCAGUGAUGAGUGGAGUUUAUUCUUCUAGUUGUCCUAAAUGGGCUUUAAUUGCAUUUGGUGAUAAAACUGCUAUAACAAUCAGACUUAAAGUACUAAAAAAAGUUUGUACUACUCGCUGGGAGGCUAGGCAUUCAUCAGUAUCGGCAUUAAAAGAAAGGUAUAUCGAAGUUAUAAAAUCAUUAACAUACUUAAGUUUACCAAGUAGUAAAGCUGAUGAAAAACAUAUGCAACUAAGAAAUGACUACUGUAGUGUAGUUGAAAAUGCAAGAAACUUGGCAAUUAAAUGGGGUAUUCCAACAGAUGACAAAGAGGUUCGCCAAAAAAAAGCAAAACUGUUUUUUGAUGAAGUAGAUGGUGACAGAAGGAUAAAUAUUACACAACAUAAUUUUAAAGUUAAAGUAUUUUUACCAAUUGUUGAACCAAUAAUAAGUCAACUUAAAUUUCGUUUUAAAGGCUUACAUAAUGUUUAUAUAAGUUCUGAUUUAACAAGUCAACUGCUAUCAAUCAAAGAAAUUAGAAGUAAUAAAAAUUUAAAUAGUAUCCAAGCACUGACCUCGUUUAUUCUUGAAAAUAACUUUGCUACAAGUUAUUCUGAAGUAUUAGGAGCAUGUAUAAUUUAUUUGACAUUGCCGGUUACGGUUGCAACCGCAGAAAGAUCUUUUUCAAAACUUAAGAUAAUAAAAAACUACUUAAGGAGCUCAAUUGGACAAGAGCGGCUGUCUAAUAUUUCAGUUUUAAAUAUCGAUCAGGGUCGUACAAAAGAUAUGGAUAUAGAAAAAAUUAUUACAAAUUUUUCAAACAUGAAAGCAAGAAGAAUGAAAUUUGAUUGA